AAUUGUUCAGAACUUUAAGAAAUUGUCACAUGGAAAGCGACUUAUUUUAAUCGGUGUUGAAAUACAUUAUUUUAUAAGCGUGAUUACUUUAGGCACUUACCCGGUACGUAACAAAUUUAGUUCAUUAUGUUAGGUACUUACAUAGGUACCUAGGAGGUAAAUAAUCAAUUAAUGAUAAGCAUCAGCUUUAACCUAAACCACUUAUAUAUCACCAUGAAGCUAUCACCGUUCCAAGUAGCUUCAGGAAACCCCAUGAGAAAACGAACACAGAUUUUUUUUUUUUAAAAAAAAAAACCUCUAGAUACCUGAAAAAUAAACCGAGGAAUUGUGAAGGGUUCUGCGGCUUCCAGCGCGAAGCGUUUUCAAAUGGCUGCAUCACCUCUGCCUCCCCACAAACCCGUCAAGUACCGCACAUCGUGCGAUCGCUGCCAAAACAUCAAGCUGCGAUGUGUCAGCAAAGGAGUUCGAUGCAUUUACAGCCCUCUAAGACGCAUGGGAAGGCCUAAGAAAGUCGAUCUUGUUACUUCCACAAGUUCUGUAGAUGAGAGUCCGCCAAGUUCUGAGACGAUAGCUCCAGCACCAAGCAAUGGUACUGCAACUGACUGUCAACGAGGAAGUGGAGAUGGAAAUGGUUUGCCCCAAAAAACGGAUUUUGCUAGCAUAGGAUUGGAAUCGUAUGGUGCUAGCACAUCGCAAAGUCACCUCCGGAGUUGGGAUCCCAGCCUCGCGGGCGGUUUAUGUGUUGAUCAUCACAAUAGUCCGAUUAGUAACGAUAUCGAGACAUCUCAUCACUCCCAUUCUGGUGGUUUCACUCCUACGGUUGAUCACAGCAGUACUCCGCGCCAUGAAGUGGACUCUUGGGGUAAUAUACCAACAAGCAACACAGGGCCCUUUAGCUCAGGGCCGCCAAACGCAACUCCGAGGUCCGCUCAUCUGGUGGUUCUUGAUGGGCCCAUUGGACAGGCUCUCUCGGACUCUGCUACCGACUGCUACACAGCUAUUCUCAUGCGAAUCGCAAAGUUAGAACAGGCCUUGAACGUUGCGCCAUGUCCUCCGCCAAUAGAUCUCGCACUCGAAGCAGAACGCGAUUUCCGAGCCCUAAAGCAAUGCCUUUUCUCCUGCACUGGCCACGCUAACCGUGGAAGGAGUUGUCUAGCCUCUGACAGACCCGUACUUCUCAGUCUCUCUAUACUAGUAGAGCGCGUCAUUGCCAUGCUCGAAGAGAACUUCCGCUUCGCAGCCUCGGGAUCCAACCCGGCAAGAGGAAUGAUACAGGAUCCGUGCAGCACUCCUCUCCAAGGGACUAUGGCCCGCAGACUUGAACGCUCCUUUCGCAGCAUACUUGACCAGCCGUGCAUAUUUCCCAUUCCAUCGGCCAACCUUCACAUACGUAUCGGCGAUUUUAUAGUAGAGAACGCGGUCAAGGCGCGUUGUGUCGUGCCCAUAUUGCGAUUACGGAUACAGAAGAUACAAACGACGCUAAGGGAGAUGGAGAGGGUACGACAAGGAAGCGAUCAGAGAGAUUCCCUCUGCGGUCCCCUGGACUGGGGUGAUAGCGCUGCGGUUCUAGGUGAUGCCGCAAGGCUCUUGAUACAGGACUUAUUGAGGAGGAUGGAGUCUUUGCAAGGAGGAAUGGGGUGGUUGGGAUAGGAUUUUGAAGUAUGAUACCCCAGUGAUAAUAGUGUAUGAGAAGGGAAUGCCGAGUGGAUGCUCUAUAUAUGUGCACCCCUUCUCAUUCUUAUACCAAUAGCUUAUAUACAAGAUGCAUA